AUGUAUCCGUGGUAUAUGACCGAAAAAGAAAAAAUAGAGAAAGAUGAAGAGAAGCUUCGACGUCUUACUAAAGAAAUGAACGAAGCGAUUAAACGUGGUGCUGAAAUACAGGCCGCAAGAGCAGCAAAAGCUGAGCAGGUAAAUUCAAAUAUUUUUGUGAAACACUUUGAAAAUCGAUAAUAUUUUUAGAGAAGGGCGGCGCGUCAAAAAGCUUCAGAAGCCAAACGUGUCGAAGAUUCCAAGACAAACAAAAGAAUUGACGGAGAUCUUGAUGAAUCUUAUGCGCCAUCACUCAAAGUUCGAAAAACUGAAGGCAUCAUAUUUGCUCCUGAAAAACCUGCUAAACCAUCGAAAUCUGUAUGGAAUUCAGGUAAGGGUUUUAUUCUGGAGAAGAUUCUUCGAGCUCUAAACAGUUCAGAAAACAUCCCAAAUUCUCUAGAUGUUUUCCAAUAAAGUAUAUUUAUCAUUUCAGACAUCGAUGUUUCGUCCAAGAGUUUUUCAAAUUGGAGAGAAACUUCGUUAUUGUCAGCGAUGGAAUCUUCUCGCAACGAAAAAGACGGUAAAAUCAAAAAAGCUGCGUCAAAAAAAGUCUUCAAAUCUGGAAUAUUAGCAGUUACUCCGAAUUCAGGUGAGACUAGGGUUUUUAGAUUUUGGCGGGCUUCCAAAUAUCUAGAAAUCCAAAAAUAUAUUAUUUCAGAAACUGAUGGCUGGAAAAAUUUGUCAACUUGGAAAGUGAAGCCAUAUUCAUUUGAUAAUUCGGCUAAUCUCCAAAAGACAUCAACUUCGUUGACAAAUUCAGAAAAGGCUGAAAAAGUUGGAUUUGGUUUUGCUAAAUUCACUGAACAAAGAGCAACAGCAUCGUCAAAUGUUCUGGAUGUUUCAAGUGGAUUCACAGAUUUUAUGCCAAAGAGUCAAAGACAUGUUGAGAUGACGCCCCAGGUAAUACAUAGUUUAUUGAUUAGAAUGGGAAGUACUAGAUUUUUAGCCAAUAAUUAUUUUUCAGAGCGGACAAUUUCAAAUUCCGAAAAUUGUUGGAGAAACUGUUCAAAAAUGGGAGAAACGCGGCGAAGAAACGAUCAUGCAAAAGAAUUUCCUGGCACAAUCCGAACUUUUGCAAAAUCAAAAUGAACGAAAUCCGAUCUUAUUCAAACAAGAAACACAAACUCGACCAAAUCCAACAAAUGCUUUCUCUGGAUUUGCCGGAAAAUCGAUCAAGAAGGAAGUCGAAUGUGUUGAGGAAUUCGAAUAUGGUGGAAAUCAAAAUGGUUUUGCAAAUUCGCCAAGAAGUUAUGACAUAAAGCCACAGGUAACAAUUUUUUUGUUGUAUAAAACAUUUAGCCAAUAUUUUUUUCAGAUUGCAAAGUUAGCUUAUCCGAAAAAUUUUGCCAAAGUUUAUGGAAAAUCGACUGAUGAAGCUGAUCGACUGAUGAAACCAAAAGCAACAAAUUCUUUCUCUGGUUUUGGCGGAAAAUCAAUCAAAAUGGAAGUUGCAUGUGUUGACGAGUUUGAAUAUGGUGGAAAUCAAAAUGGUUUUGCAAAUUCUUCAAGAAGUUAUGACAUAAAGCCGCAGGUAACAAUUUUUUUGUUGUAUAGAACGUUUAGCCAAUAUUUUUUUUCAGAUCGCCAAGUUCGCUCUUCCAAAAAAUGUUGCCGAAGUUCGUGGAAAAUCGACUGAUCUUGCUGAAACUGCAAAACACUCGGAACAACCCCACCAAAAAAAGAAUAUGCAAACGAAUUUGGUAGCAUCUUCCGAACUUUUGCAAAAUCAAAAUGAACGAAAACCGGUCUUAUUCAAUUAUCAAAUACAAACUCAACCAGAAGCAACAAAUUCAUUAUCUGGAUUUGCCGGAAAAUCAAUCAAGAAGGAAGUCGUAUGUGCUGACGAAUUCGAAUAUGGUGGAAAUCAAAAUGGUUUUGCAAAUUCUUCAAGAAAUCAUGACAUAAAGCCACAGGUAACAAUUUUUUUUUCAAAUUUCGCUGUGUAAACAUUUCUUUCAACUGUCAAAAACGGAAUUUUUCACUUUUUUCUUCUAUUGAAAAUAUAUCGCUCAAUUAUAAAUACAAAAAAUUGGGAAUAAUUUUCAGUUUUUUAUAAAAUGCAUCCAAUAUUUUUUUCAGAUCGCGAAAUUUGCUUAUCCAAAACAUGUUGCGAAAAUUGGUGGCAAUUCGACUGAUGUUGCUGAAACUUCAAAACAAUCGGAAGUUCUCCACCAAGAAAAGAAUAUGCAAAAGAAUUUGGUGGCAUCUUCUGAACAUUUGAACAUUCAAAAUGAAAGUCAGCCGGUAUCAUUCAAUCAUCAAACACAAACUCGGCCAGAAGCAACAAAUUCUUUCUCUGGAUUUGCCGGAAAAUCAAUCAAGAAGGAAGUCGAAACUGCUGACGAAUUUGAAUAUGGUGGAAAUCAAAAGGGUUUGGCAAAUUCGCCAAGAAGUUAUGACAUAAAGCCACAGGUAACAAUUUUUUUUUAUAAAACAUUUAGCCAAUAUUUUUUUCAGAUUGCCAAGUUAGCUUAUCCGAAAAAUUUUGCCAAAGUUUAUGGAAAAUCGACUGAUGAAACUGAUCGACUUAUUAAAUCAAAAGCAACAAAUUCUUUCUCUGGAUUUGCCGGAAAAUCAAUCAAGAAGGAAGUUGCAUGUGUUGACGAGUUUGAAUAUGGUGGAAAUCAAAAGAGUUCUGCUAAUUCUUCGAGCAAUUAUGAUAUGAAGCCGCAGGUAACAAUUUUUUUGUUGUAUAAAACAUUUAACCAAUAUUUUUUUCAGAUUGCAAAGUUUGCUUAUCCAAAACAUGUUGCGCGAAUUGGUGGAAAAUCUACUGAUGUUAUUGAAACUUUAAAACAAUCGGUACAACUCCACAAAGAAAAGAAUAUGCAAAAGAAUUCGCUGGCAUCAUCCGAACAUUUGAACAUUCAAAAUGAAAGUCAGCCAGUCUCAUUCAAUCACGCAACACAAUCUGUACAGAAUCCAACAAAUUCUUUCUCUGGAUUUGCUGGAAAAUCAAUCAAGAAGGAAGUUGCAUGUGUUGACGAGUUUGAAUAUGGUGGAAAUCAAAAGAGUUCUGCUAAUUCUUCGAGCAAUUAUGAUAUGAAGCCGCAGGUAACAAUUUUUUUGUUGUAUAAAACAUUUAACCAAUAUUUUUUUCAGAUUGCAAAGUUUGCUUAUCCAAAACAUGUUGCGCGAAUUGGUGGAAAAUCUACUGAUGUUAUUGAAACUUUAAAACAAUCGGUACAACUCCACAAAGAAAAGAAUAUGCAAAAGAAUUCGCUGGCAUCAUCCGAACAUUUGAACAUUCAAAAUGAAAGUCAGCCAGUCUCAUUCAAUCACGCAACACAAUCUGUACAGAAUCCAACAAAUUCUUUCUCUGGAUUUGCUGGAAAAUCAAUCAAGAAGGAAGUUGCAUGUGACAAGUUUGAAUAUGGUGGAAUUGGAAAGCGUUUGGCAAAUUCUCCAAGCAAUUAUGAUAUGAAGCCUCAGGUAACAUUUUUUUGGGGGGUAUACAAACUUUGCCAUUUUGUUAUUCAAAAAGAAAAUAUGCGCGAAAUUCGUUGUUAGAUAUAUGAAGGCCAUUCAACUGUUUCAAACAUUCAUCCACUAUUUUUUCAGAUCGCAAAAAUUGCUCUUCCCAAAAAUGUUGCGAAAAUUGGUGGCAAAUCGACUGAUGUUAUUGAACCUGCAAAACAAUCGGAAGUACUCCACCAAGAAUCGGAUAUGCAAAAGAGUUUCCCGGCAUCUUCCCAACAUUUGAACAUUCAAAAUGAACGAAAGAGAGUCUCAUUCAAACUCGAAACACAAACUCGACUAAAAUCAACAAAGGUUUUCUCUGGAAUUGGCAGAAAAUCAAUCAAGAAGGAAGUCAAAAGUGCUGACAAAUUUGAAUAUGGUGGAAAUCGAAAGGGUUUUGCAAAUUUUCCAAGAAAUGCUGACACAAAGGUAACAAUUUUUUUGUUGUAUAAAACAUUUAGCCAAUAUUUUUUUUUCAGAUUGCAAAGUUUGUUCUUCCCAAAAAUGUUGCGAAAGACUGA